UUUAAGACAUGUCUGUCUGACAUUUCACACUGUAAUUGGAGGUCGGGGUCUCAAACGUAUUGUUGGUUUUCCUUCUUAGCCUGGGUGGUACAGAGUAAUCCAUGUUCAUAGCCUAUUGUGGUCUUUCAGAGGGUUAUCGCUGGCUGGUCACCCCUGAGAUGAUGGAAAAGGGAACAGGCACCUGGUAUGUGAAUGCCAGUCUGUUUAACUCAACCUGGAGCAAGGGCCUGACACUACAGAUCACCACCUUCACUACUAAGUGCAUGUACUGGAACACUAAACAGCUGACAUGGAGCAUAGCUGGCUGCUGGGUGGGUAUACAGUCAACUCCCAGGAUGACACAUUGUCUGUGUAACCACCUGACGUCGUUUGGGAGCUCUUUCUUUGUGAUGCCCAACUACGUGGACGUGUCGCUCACAGCUCAGUACUUUGCCACAGUGAAUGAGAACUAUGUGGUGGUGGCGUUGCUCUCUGCCUUCUUUGGCCUGUACCUGGUCACUCUGCUCUGGGCCUGCUAUGCAGACAGGAGGGCCCUCACCAGGGUGAGUUUAUCAAGGCGUGUACAAACACAAAUACACACAAACUCAUGA